UACCUUAUUAGAACUAAUGGUUGACGCCGCCGUUAGGGGAUGGCGUGACAAUAGUGGCAUCUUAAGUAAGCAAACAGUGGAAGAAAGAAUACUUCCUGUUCUUAAUGCAAAACUUAGGUGUCACAAGACCUACAAAAACUACCAAAGCAGGGUUAGAUGGUUUAAAGGUCGAUGGAACUCUUACUCUACCCUUAUGCGUUUUAGCUCUGGUUUUGGAUUUGAUUCAACUACAAAGAGGUUUACUGCUUUUAAUGAAGUAUGGGAGGAAUACCUUAAGGCUCACCCAAAGGACACCGACUUGCGCUAUGGGACAUUUGAUGACCAUGAGGACUUGGAAAUUGCUAUUGGGAAUGGUGUAGCGGUUGGGAAAAACUCGGUCGGGUUGGGUAGUGUUACUGAUGCAAGAACAUUAGGUGUUGGUGAAGGUAGAGAGGAAUGCAUAGAAGACUUUGAUUAUGAUAUAGAUUGUGAAGCAUUUGUUGGACCAAAUCAAAAUAAUCCAUCAACUCAUUCAACAUCACCCCUCCAAUCUCCUGAAAUUUUGGAGGUUCUGAGGCGAGGAACAACCCAAAAUAAAAGAAGUAGAACAGAUUAUGAAGGAAAUUCUAACUCAAUUGGGGGCACCCCUCAAGGUAGCGUUAUGGAGAAGCUUGAUAAACUUUACUUUAGUUUUGAAGUAAUGAUUAACUUACUAGAGAAAAGAGAGUGA